AUGCUCAUAAAGCUUUUGCUCCUCGGUCUGGCCGGCCUCAGUUGUGCCGAAUCGGUCAAGCCUCCCCUAAACCCACCACCACGGCCGUGGUCCACUUUUGCAGAGAAUAUCAUCUACCAGCCCGACUCCCACCACACUAUUCUCUAUCCACGACAGGUUGAACUGUCCGAUGGAAGUCUCCUCGCAACAGCCUCAUAUGGGGGCGAUAAAACUCCAUACUUCCCCAUAUUCCAAAGUGCAGACGGUGGCGCCACCUGGUCCUGGGUCUCCAACCUGACGGACCAGGUGAAUGGAUUGGGAAUGUCCGCUCAGCCCGCACUCGCAGAGCUGCCAUUUCCUGUUGGCAAUUUCCCGGCCGGCACGGUUUUGGCCAGUGGAAACAGCUGGGGAAGUCAGAGCACGAACAUCGAUAUCUAUGCCAGUAAAGACAAAGGUCAUACAUGGAAGUUCGUGAGCAAUGUGGCAAGAGGUAGCGGGCCGAAUACUACCAAUGGAAAUCCAUGCAUUUGGGAGCCAUUCAUCGAAUUUUUCAACCACACCAUCGGCGUGUUCUACUCCGAUCAGCGUGACCCACUGCAUGGACAGAAGCUUGCUCACCAGGAAUCGACGGACUUGAAAUCCUGGGGACCCGUGGUAGACGAUGUGGCCUAUCUCAACUAUACCGCUCGUCCUGGAAUGACCACCAUUUCCUACAUUCCCCCUCUGAAGCAGUGGAUUCUGGUGCACGAGUUCCCAGGAGGAGAGAGCUGGUCUGGGGCAGGCUAUCCGGUCUACUAUCGAAUGUCCGAGAGUCCAUUUGAUUUCCGCUUUGCCUAUGGUGUCCCCAUUAUGGUUAAUGGAGUUCAGCCAAACGCAUCUCCUUAUGUGGUCUGGUCCUCCGCCGGCGGUGAUAAUGGAACCAUCAUCGUUAGCGACGCGGAUCACAGCAGUGUUUUCACCAACCAAGCCGGCGGCCAGCCAGAUCAGUGGGAAAUGCAUGGCACACCUCAAGCACCCGCAUACAGCCGGAGCUUACAUGUCUUUGACAAGUAUCCUGAUCACUUGAUGAUACUGGGUGCAGGAGUGUUUGAAGCAACGGAGAAUCUGCCUCUUUGGCUCAGUGUUGUGAGCGUAACGGACACCUUGAAGAAGCCGACUGAGAGGUAG